AUGGCGGAGGCAAAAGGUUCACUGGAUUACUGGAGAAAACUUUUUAACAGCGCAACAUCAGACAUAUUCGAGUUGAUCAAUAAAGCGAUUCUCGUGGCUGCUGAAGAUUUCCCCAAUGAAUUUAAGGACCGAAGGGAUAUGAUUGUUGAGAAGUUAUACACCUGCCAUCUUUUUCUUAAUAAUGGCGAUGCUGAAUCUCUCAAGGAGGUGAAGAAAAACUCCAACACUAACAACCUCGAGGAGAAUGAUCAAAUAGUGAAAAACUCCAACACCGACAACCUCGAGGAGAAUGAUCAAAUAGUUGGAGAGGUGAUGAGGAUAAAGGAGGUGAUCUUGUCCAACAAUCAAUUACAUGAGUCUGAAUCAUAUUCUAUCUUGUAUGAAUCGCUAAGGGCUCUACAACAGAUGCAAUUAUCUGUAGAUGUGUUAGACAUAACUAAAAUUGGACAAACAGUGUCUGCUAUGCGAAAGCACAACUCCAGAAAAAUUCGAAAACUUGUUCGAUGUCUCAUUCAAAGCUGGAGAGUUUUGGUUGAUGAAUGGGUUAAUUCUGCAGCAACAUUUACUAAUAAGACUACAACCAAUUUUGAAUUAGGCUCCUCGUCAAAACAAACAUCUGAACAAAAACCAAUCAGUCAUUCAUCCGCUGGAGUUAAAAGAAAGCAGUUUGAUUGA